AGCUGCUCCUGACGUUGGCGUGUCAGUAGGGUGCGAGCUAUAAGUUGCGUGACCGAAACGAGUGACUCAGAACGACGGUUGGUCAGACCUUUGAGAAUGCAGCGAGUCCGGAGAUGGUGUCGCUGGCCGGCGAGCCGUGAGACUGCGGCCAUGGAACUGUGCGAGGAGCGGCCGGUCGGGCGAGACGAGCCGAACGCGACUAGGUUUCGCCUGCCCGUCUUCCACACUAUCAAGCUCUUUGUCUUUUGCCAUGGGAUGUUGCAGUGUGCCCAGCUCCUGUACAGUUCUUACUUCAAGAGCAGCAUCACCACCAUCGAAAGGCAAUUUGGAAUGUCCAGUUUCUCAUCUGGAACCCUGUCAAGCAUACAUGAGGUUGGGAACUCAGUUCUGAUUAUUUUUGUUAGUUAUUUUGGAAGUCGAGUUCACCGCCCAAAAGUGGUUGGAUUAGGCGGCCUUCUACUCAGUGCUGGAACCUUCCUGCUUACACUGCCCCACUACAUAUUUGAGCCAUAUCAGUACAGCAAGACCAUAGUCGGAAAUACAAGCCAUUUCAACACCGACACCUGUCAACAAAUGAAUCAGACACAUCAGCUUGAAUCUUGUGAAAAUUCAGGCCACAAAUUCAGGAAACUUGGCAGUGUUUGGGGAAUAAUGGUGAUUGCCCAACUAAUGGUGGGCAUUGGGACAGUUCCGAUUCAACCCUUUGGUAUUUCAUACAUUGAUGACUUUGCUGAACCAUCUAAUGCUUCACUCUAUAUAGCAAUUCUGUUUGCAAUAUCUGUUUUUGGGCCUUCAUUUGGAUACUUACUUGGGUCUGUGACUUUACGUUUAUAUGUGGACCUUGAUAGAGUGGAUCCAGCCACCAUUGAAAUGAACCCCAGCGACCCCCGGUGGAUUGGUGCCUGGUGGCUUGGAUUACUCAUUUGCAGUAGUAUUCUUGCUGUUUUUUCUGUUCCUUAUUUCUUUUUCCCUCGACAAUUGAUCUGUCAAAAGAAGUCGAGCAGUAAGUCUGAUAUUCUGAGUGAGGCGGAAGAGCAAAAGGUGGAAGAAAUAACAAACCGAGAGUUCAUCAAGAUUUUUCCCAAAAUGCUCCUGAAGAUGCUGUUAAAUCCGUUGUUCAUCUUUGUUGUUCUGGCUGAGUGUUGCUUUUCAUCAGUGAUCGCAGGCAUUUCCACAUACUUCAAUAAAUUUCUGGUGUCCCAAUACUCUACCACAACUUCCAAAGCCAAUUUGCUUAUUGGGUCUAUUACCCUGCCAGCUGUUGCAAUUGGGAUGCUGUUGGGUGGAUUCUAUAUGAAGCAUUCUAAAUUACCCUUGGUGAAGAUCCCCUGGUACUCUGGAUGUGUCCUGAUUAUUAGCAUUGUUUUGACUGUUCCUCUGUUUUUCUUGGGAUGUUCAACUCAGAAGAUUGCUGGAAUCAACUACAACAACAAUGCAAACAGGUCUUCUUCAUUUGGCCUGGAUACUGAAUGUAACGCUCACUGCUUCUGUUUUGAUUCAACUUAUAACCCAGUGUGUGGAAUUGAUAAUGUGGAAUACAUCUCACCGUGUCAAGCUGGCUGCAGGCAUUUUAUUUUCAACUAUACCACAAGAAGGAUUUUGACCUACAACAACUGUAGUUGCAUUCAAGCACCUUUCAAAGAGGACUACGCUAUUCCUGGACAUUGCAAGGUCAGCUGUUCCAAUUUGCUUCUCAUUGUGGUCCUUGGCCUCUCUUUAAUUGGGCUGACAGCCUCACUCACCCACAAUCCCCUCUACAUGUUGGUGCUGCGGUUAGUGAGACCCGAAGAAAAAUCUUUUGCAAUAGGAAUUCAAUUUCUAUUGAUGAGGGCAAUUGCAUGGCUGCCAGCUCCGGCUUUGUAUGGUGCAGUCAUUGAUUCAGCAUGCAUUAGAUGGGGAGUAAUGUGCAACAGAAAACGAGGAGCCUGCAAUUACUAUGACAACAAUCUUUUGCGAAACCGGUACUUAGGUCUACAAGUUGGAUAUACUGUCCUUGGUGUACUGAUUUUAUUGAUGACGGGAUGGAAAGUGAGAAAGAUUGGUGGCCAGCAGAACACUGAAUCAGUGUAAAGUUGUACAGAAGAUUUAGUGGCACAUUAAUCACUUGACCAAUUAACCAACUUCUUUUAUUUGUAUCCACAUUAUUUCCUCAGAAUAAUGAGCAGAAUAUUCAUUUCUCAUUGACAAGACCAACAAAUGAGUGCUGUUGUCUUGUGUUUCAAAUUACAAAUGUUUGAGAAUUGACCCUGCUCUGUUUUUAGUAUUCUGUGUACAUGUAUUAACUCUUAACAGUAUAUAUGUGUUUCAAUUAAUUAUUUCAAUGAACAUAAUAAAUUGGCAUAUUAAUUUAUUGUCACAUGCUGAGGUACAGUGAAGAACUUUUUUUUGUCACCCCUUAGUGUAGAUCAUCUCAUUACAACAGGCCAUUGAGGUGUACACAUGAAAACAAUAACAAAGCAGAAUAAAUUUAGUUAGAGAAAGUGCAGUGCAGGUAGACAAUAAGAGCAAGGCCCUAAUACAAGGCUGUGGGGUCAAGAGUCUAUCUUAAUGUGCUAGGGGACUGUUCAAUAGUCUUAUAACAGCAGGUCAGAAGCUGUUCUUGAUCCUUACGGUAUAUGCUUUCAGGUUUUUGUAUCUUCUGCACAAUAAAAAUGGGGAUGAGGUGGUGUGGAAGGGAGAAUGUAUUGGAAAGAGACAAUCUAAUCAAAAAAGAUAAAUCUGAAUGGAUAAAAUUAAUAAAAUUAGCCUUAGUCCCUUAAUUUAUUGGACUGCCAGGACUACACUGGA